AUGACGCAAAUGGAAGGCAACAGCUCAGAGGGUGUAUUCGGCAGGAAAUUGGUCUUUUGCGACAGGCUUCAAGAAUUCGAUACGGAUGAGCUCGUCUUGACCUGCGGAGACUGCCGCGAUUACUUUCUCUUCUGUUGCCAUCACUCACAACAUCAUGACUCUUCCGACUCUAACGGCGACGGCGGCGACGGCGACGACGACGACGACGACAACGACAACAACGACGACGACGACGACGCUAACGACAACGAUCGCAUAUGCCACCAUUUUCGGCUAAUUUUCACAGACGGUGCCUGUAGCCGAAACGGCCAGUCAGGAGCAGUAUCCGGCAUAGGAAUAGCUAUUGGCGAUAGCCCUGAUAGCCAGAAAGCCAUUCCCAUUACGAUGACGAUAGACGGGCAUCAUCCAAGAACUAAUCAACGUGCAGAGCUGCUGGCUGCACUGCAGGGACUGGACUACGUAGCUGAUAAAGACGAAUCCAACGUUGACUUUGCAGAGAAGUCUUUGAAAGCACACAUGGCUCGACGCACGUGGAUCAUUGCCACAGACUCGGUAUAUGUGGUGAAGGGCAUAACGGAAUGGUUUCCCACGUGGAAGAGGAAAAACUUCCGUACUGUGCAGAACAAGAAACCGGCAAAUCUCGACCUGUUCCUCGAAUUAGAUGCAGCCAUCACCGCCAGGAAAAAGCUGGAGAAUGUUAACAUCGGGUUCUGGCAUGUACCUCGCGAGUACAACACGGUUGCAGACGCGCUGGCUAAGAAAGCUGCGCAGGACGGAGACGAAUGA